AGAGCCCCCUGAGGCUGGCCCCGAGCUCAGAGGAGGGACGCGGGGGUGUGGGAUGAGUUUGGGGGUGUGAGGGUCUCUUAGGCAGAAGUGGGUCGGCUGGGAUGCCAGAAUAGCGCUGAGGAACGCUGCCAUUUGCCAUUGGAAGCUAUGGAAAAAGGGAAGGGGCAGGAGCUGGGCAGGGGCCUGGGGAGGCCCCUGAGCUCCUGGAGCUGCCGUGGGUUAUGCUGUCUCCUGAUACCUCCAGCUAGGCCCUCCUAACAACACCCAAGCCUGGGUGCAGACACAGAGACCCACCCCGCCCAGGUUGGGCGGCGCACUGGCCCCAGCACAGGGCCACCUUAACUGGGCAGCCCUCUGGGCGGGGCACGUCACGGAUGCCAUCUGCGCGACACCAGGUGGCACCCAGGCCUGAAGCAGGACCUGGUGUGCGCAGCACAUAGCUCCCAGCCUGCUGCCCAGCUCCUCACGCUGGGUCUCCGCCCAGACCAUGACCCAGGGCGUCUUGGAGGCUGACAGCCCCGGCUGGGGCUGGGACGGGGAUGGGGACGAAGACUGGGAUGGCGUCGUGCUGACCCUGCUGGCGCUGGCUGUGGUGGCCGCCACGGCACUAGCUUUGCACUGGUUUGGCUCUGGGCAGGACCAGGAGGCGGCAGGUCCAGCAUCCACAGCCCCUCGACCUUCACAGGUGGGAGGACCUGGGCCAGCCCUGCCCCCGAAAUCCAAGGUCAGUGGUGGUGCCGAGGGACACAGCCCAGGGCAGGAGAAGCCACACCCUCCAGGACGUGGCCAGGGGAGUCCAGCUGCAGCAGGGGCCCAGGAUCAGGAGCCCCCGCGAGGUGAAGGUCUGGCUGCUACAGCUACACCUCCACUCAAGACACCUGGUGAGGUGGCCAGCGGAGGGGCCUUGGGACAGCAGCGUGGUGAUGCCACUCCAGAAGCCCCCCGAGGAAAAGGAAGGGAGCCUCGCAGGCCAGGUGCUGCCCUCCUGGGUCAGAGCAAAGCAGAGGGGACGUCUGCCCCCCUCCUGAUACACUUCACCCCCCGGAGUCCUGGCGGAGAAGUGGAGGUGCAGGUAGAAGCAGGAGGCGUCCAAGCCAAGGCACCAGCUCACCAGGCCCUCGUCCACAUGGUGGAACGGGACACCAGCCCCUGGCAGCAAGGUGUGGCGUCACCUGGCUCACUGGGGAGGGGCCCAGGCAGCCGCCGGUGGCAGGUGGACCGCAGCUCAGGAGAGAGAACCUGCCGCUCCCCAAGGCUGGACCCCCUGUCCCUGGGCACUGUGGUGAGUGUGUGGGAUUCUGUGGGUGCAGCCAGCAGCCUCCCCGCGGGCUCCCAGGGGCUCCCUUUGCCCCAGGAGCUGCCCCCAUCGUACACCCUGAAGACUAGUCCCCCGAUGGAUGUCUCAGAGAGGGGGCCUGGGAAGAGCAGCCCCCAACAAGCCCCAGUCCUAGCUCUGGACUCAGGAGCCAAAGCUACUGAGAGCAGGGAGGCUGGGACCCUGGCCCCCAGGGAGUCUCAGAGGUCCCCAGCCUCCGUGGAAGGUUGGCCCCGGCACAUCCCCAUCCAGGUCUCUUACCUGUAG